AUGUAUAAAUUUUCAACGCUAAAGAAACCUUUUGUGUAUUUUAUUUUAGGAGGUACAAAUCAAAUUAGAUCAAAGGGCCUGGCUCUGGAAAAGGUACUUAAUGUGAAUUGUUAAGUAAAAAUUUAAAAUGUGUGCACCUGUCUGCUGGACAAUUGUUGAGAAAUGCUGUAAGUAUUGGAUGUAUGUGAUUAGAUUAGCAAUAAUUCAGAGCACAAAAGUACCAUUGAAAAUUGCAUAAAUAGUGGAGGAAUAGUUCCUGUAAUAUAUGUUAUUUGAUGUUUCUAAGAGUCAUGUGACAAUCAAUUUAUUGGAUAAGGCAAUUUUUGAAGAGUAAAGUUCUGAGACAUUUUUGAUAGAUGGAUUCCCUCGAAAUUAUGAGAACAUGGAAAAUUGGAUAGCAUUGAUGGAUCACAAAAUCACAUUUAAGAGUGUCAUCCACAUUUUGUGUUCAAGAGUAUAACUGCAUUUGUAUAUACAGGCCACCAUGAUUUAGAGAAUAACAGAGAGAUCCAAAACAAGUGGGAGAUCAGAUGACAACAUCCAAACUUUGGAAAAGAGAUUCAUCACAUAUUAAAAUGACACUUACAAAAUAAUAGAGCAUUAUCGAAAUCGAAAUCAAUUGAUUGAAAUUAAUGGAGACAAUUCUAUAGAAACAGUCCAAGGAGAAAUAUUGGAAUCACUUAAAAAGAGUCACAGUAAGUGA